CAGAUUUGAUCCCUAUUUUGAGGACUUUUUGGCGGGAACGCGAGGUGUGAAGUUGUGUGACUUGUUUUAUUUUGUCUAUUUAGUGUUUCUUCGGUUUUAAAUGUGCAAUAAUGGUGGUUUAUUAACUGUUUAAUAACUGUGAAAGUGCACAAAUGUGGGAAAAUGAAACAAAGCCGCUGGACGUAAUUUCUCGUGAUCCUCCAAAAAGUCCACUGAAAAAAUCUCAGUAAAUGACCACCAUUUUACUGAGAUUAUAUUUCAUCCUAUCUCAUUUCAUUCAUCCCAGUUGAUUAACGUCUCAAAUUAAUCAUCUUCAUUUCAUUACUAUCACUUUUCAUAAAAGUAAGAAUAUAAAUUAAAAUAAGACAUGACUUAAAAGUCUUAGUUACCGGGUCACAAAAUCCUUUAAAAAAAAUAUCCCUAUUUUGAUUGAAAAGCCCAUCAAGAAAAGGACUGGAACAAUAACAAUGGUGAAAAUCGCACUUCAAAUUAAAGCCACACUAGAAUCUAUAGAAAAAUUAUAUACGAACCAUCCACACUAUCAAUGGUUCUUAAAAUUAAAAUGCGGCAGUUGCGGUGAAGUGUCCGAGAAGUUUCAUGAUCUCACUGAAGCCGAUAGAGUUCCGCAGAAGCACAACCGGUCUGAAACUAAUUUGCUAAUAAAAUGUAAGCUUUGCUCGAGAGAAAACAGCAUCGAUGUAAUUGAGGGCAGCAAUGGGAAAUUCACAAGUGACGACGGAAACAAAUUUAAGACCAUAGUGACGUUUGACUGUAGAGGGGUAGAACCUGUUGACUUUGAACCAAAAUCAGGAUGGAUUGCCGAAGCUGAGAAUAAUGGGAAGAAAUUUGAGGAUGUGGACUUAACUGAGAAAGAGUGGGUGGACUAUGAUGAGAAGAACCAGGCAUCGGUUGGUGUUUACGAACUAGAGUGGCAGUUCAUUAAAGUCAAAUGAUUUGAUGAAUGUUCAAUAUUAGAUUAAGUUAUGUUUAAAUUUUUAUUAAAUUGUUCUCUUUUUUAA